UAUUCCAAAAGAAAAACAGCUACAGUAAAGAAAUUCGAAGCAUGGCCUCUAGAGAUCAAAAUUCAAGUGACUCUAGUACUAUUGUUCGAAGAUCCGCAAAUUACAAACCUACCAUUUGGCACUAUGAUUAUAUACAAUCAUUGAAAACUGAAUAUGUGGGAGUUUCAUACACCAGAAAACUUGCUGAACUGAAGGGAGAAGUGGCGAUGAUGUUUCAUAAAGUGUUGGAGCCUCCAAAGCAACUUGAUCUUGUUGAUAUCUUGCAAAGACUUGGAGUGUCUUACCACUUUCAGGAUGACAUAAGGAGGAUAUUGAAGAAAAUAGGCAAUACUAGUACUCACGAUGGUGAUGUGUGUAAGAAGGAGAGUUUAUAUACCACAUCUCUUGAAUUUAGACUGCUAAGGCAAAACGGAUAUAAUGUUCCUCAAGAGAUUUUUAAUAAUUUCAAGAAUGAAAAGGGAAAUUUCAAGGAACGUCUUUGUGAUGAUAUUGAGGGAAUAUUGGCUUUGUAUGAAGCCUCAUUCCUUUUGAUCGAAGGUGAAAGCAUCAUGGAGGAAGCAAGAAAUUUUGCAACCAAACAUCUCGAAGAAUACGUGAACCAAAGCAAUGAUCAAAAUCUUUGUGCAAGGGUGAACCAUGCCCUGGAGCUUCCAUUGCAUUGGAGGAUGCCAAGGUUAGAAGCAAGGUGGUUCAUUGAUGUAUAUAGGAGCAGGGAAGAUAUGAACUCUAUCUUGCUUGAGCUUGCAGAAUUGGAUUUCAACAUGGUACAAACAGUCCAUCAAGAUGACCUAAAAGAAGGGUCAAAGUGGUGGAGACACACUGGUCUUGGAGACUUGAGCUUUGCAAGGGAUAGAUUGAUGGAGAAUUUCCUAUGGACAGUGGGAGUAUCAUUUCAACCUGGGCUUGGAUAUAAUAGGAGAGUGUUAACAAAAGUCAAUGCACUAAUAACAACAAUAGAUGAUGUGUAUGAUGUAUAUGGCACGUUGGAUGAACUUGAGCUUUUCACUGAUGCUGUUGAGAGAUGGGAUGCCAACGCAACGGAAAAACUUCCUUACUAUAUGCAAACAUGUUUCCUUUCUCUUCAUAAUACCAUUAAUGAAAUGGCUUUUGAAACUCUCAAGGAGAAAGGAUUCAACAACAUUCGAUACCUAAAAAAAGCGUGGGUAGAUUUAUGUAAAGCUUAUCUGUUGGAGGCAAAGUGGUAUUACAAUGGUUAUAAACCAAGCUUUCAAGAAUACAUUGAAAAUGCAUGGGUUUCAAUAUCGGCACCAGCUAUACUGGUGCAUGCUUAUUUUGCUGUCACAAAUCGAAUAACAAAGGAAUCAUGUGAUUUCUUGGAUCAAGAGUAUCCGAAUAUAAUUCGUUGGUCAUCAAUGAUUCUACGACUUAUGGAUGAUCUUGGAACAUCUACGGAUGAGCUAGAAAGAGGUGAUGUUCCUAAAUCAAUCCAAUGUUACAUGAAUGAUACCGGUGUUAGUGAAGAAGAUGCUCGGGAGUACAUAAGGUCUCUGAUUAGAGCAACUUGGAAGAAGUUUAAUAAAGAACGCACUGUUACUUCACCCUUCUCAGAAACGUAUAUUGAGGUCGCAAUGAACCUUGCAAGGAUGGCCCAAUGCAUGUACCAAUAUGGAGAUGGUCAUGGUAGUGCAGAAUCUGAAACGAAGGAUCGCGUGUUAGCAUUGCUGAUUCAUCCCAUUCCUCUGCCUAAGAAUAUUGAUGGAUGAUUAAUAUUGAUGCAUAGAUCAAAUACGUGACUGAAGCUUUAAGCUGUUCACAAUUAUUAGUCAUAAUAAAUCACAUAAAUUUGGAGAAUAGAUGCAUCAAACAUUAGCAUCUCAGCUGUACUUCACUAAUAAUAAUAUCUAGCUCCUAAAGAAAAUAAAUGAUAUUGUACAAGUAUAUAUUAAAUAAAAAGGGAGAUCAGAUCAUGUAAGCUGGUUGACAUGUAGAAUA